AUGGCCACCACCAGCACCGCCAGCACCACCAGCACCACGGGCUCCACCCUGCUGCAGCCCCUCAGCAACGCUGUUCGGCUGCCCAUCGACCAGGUCAACUUUGUAGUGUGCCAACUCUUUGCCUUGCUAGCAGCCAUUUGGUUUCGAACUUACCUACAUUCAAGCAAAACUAGCUCUUUUAUAAGACAUGUCGUUGCUACCCUUUUGGGCCUUUAUCUUGCACUUUUUUGCUUUGGAUGGUAUGCCUUACAUUUUCUUGUACAAAGUGGAAUUUCCUACUGUAUCAUGGUCAUAAUAGGAGUGGAGAACAUGCACAAAUAUUGUUUCGUGUUUGCUUUGGGAUACCUCACAGUAUGCCAAAUCACUAGAGUCUAUAUCUUUGAUUAUGGACAAUAUUCUGCUGAUUUUUCAGGCCCAAUGAUGAUAAUUACCCAGAAGAUCACUAGUUUGGCUUAUGAAAUUCAUGAUGGGAUGUUUCGGAAGGAUGAAGAGCUGACUCCGUCACAGAGGGGGUUAGCAGUCAGGCGCAUGCCCAGCCUUCUGGAGUAUUUAAGUUACAACUGUAACUUCAUGGGUAUCCUGGCAGGCCCACUCUGCUCUUACAAAGACUACAUCACUUUCAUCGAAGGCAGAUCAUACCAUAUGACGCAGUCAGGUGAAAACGGGAAAGAAGAGAUACAGUACGAAAGGACAGAGCCAUCACCAAAUGUCGCAGUUAUUCAGAAACUCUUAGUCUGUGGACUUUCCUUACUGUUCCACUUGACCAUCUCUAAGAUGUUACCCGUGGAGUACAACAUUGAUGAGCAUUUUCAGGCCACAGCUUCGUGGCCGACAAAGGUGAUCUAUCUCUACGUCUCUCUUUUGGCUGCCAGACCCAAGUACUAUUUUGCAUGGACAUUAGCCGACGCCAUCAACAAUGCAGCGGGCUUUGGAUUCAGAGGUUAUGACAAAAAUGGAGCCGCCCAUUGGGACCUAAUUUCCAAUCUGAGGAUCAAGCAAAUAGAGAUGUCAACAAGUUUCAAGAUGUUUCUCGAUAAUUGGAAUAUUCAGACAGCUCUUUGGCUCAAAAGGGUGUGUUACGAGCGUGCCUCCUUGAGUCCCACCACCCAGACCUUCUUCCUCUCUGCCAUCUGGCAUGGGGUGUACCCGGGCUAUUACCUGACCUUUCUCACCGGAGUGCUGAUGACGCUGGCGGCACGAGCUGUGAGAAAUAACUUUAGACAUUAUUUCAUCGAACCUCCCCAGCUGAAAUUUUUGUACGAUGUUAUAACAUGGAUAGCGACUCAGAUAGCAAUAAGUUACACAGUUGUGCCAUUUGUCCUUCUUUCUGUAAAACCUUCACUCAUGUUUUACAGCUCCUGGUAUUACAGCCUUCACUUUGCUGGUAUCUUAGUAUUAUUGUUGUUGCCAGUGAAAAAAAAACAAAAAGGAAAGAGUACACAUGAAAACGUUCAGCUGUCACGAUCCAAAAAGUUUGAUGAAAGAGAAAAUUCUUUGGGACAGAAUAGUUUUUUCACAACAAACAAUGUUUGCAAUCAGAAUCAAGAAAUAGCUUCUAGACAUUCAUCAUUAAAGCAAUGA